CGACGCAGCGCGAUGACGUAGUUCCCCGACAUCCCACGUCCAAGAUGGCCGCAGUCGGCAAGGAGAGACGUCGCUGAGGGGUUUGCCUGAGGCGAGGGGAUUCUGACAUUUUCAGAGAAUCUUUUGAAAAGAACAAGUCUACUUCAAUAAAUGAAGGAGAAUAAAGAAAAUUCAAGCCCUUCAGUCACCUCGGCAAACCUGGACCACACAAAACCAUGUUGGUACUGGGAUAAGAAAGACUUGGCUCAUACACCCUCUCAACUAGAAGGACUCGAUCCAGCCACUGAGGCCCGGUACCGCCGAGAGGGGGCUCGGUUCAUCUUCGAUGUGGGCACACGGUUGGGACUACACUAUGAUACCCUGGCAACUGGAAUAAUUUAUUUUCAUCGCUUUUAUAUGUUUCAUUCCUUCAAGCAGUUCCCAAGAUAUGUAACAGGAGCUUGUUGUCUCUUUCUGGCUGGGAAAGUAGAAGAAACACCCAAAAAGUGUAAAGAUAUCAUCAAAACAGCUCGUAGUUUAUUAAAUGAUGUACAGUUUGGCCAGUUUGGAGAUGAUCCAAAGGAAGAAGUAAUGGUCCUGGAGAGAAUCUUACUACAGACUAUAAAGUUUGAUUUACAGGUAGAACAUCCAUACCAGUUCCUGCUCAAAUAUGCAAAACAACUCAAAGGUGAUAAAAACAAAAUUCAAAAGUUGGUUCAAAUGGCAUGGACAUUUGUAAAUGACAGUCUCUGCACGACCCUGUCACUGCAGUGGGAGCCAGAGAUCAUAGCCGUGGCAGUGAUGUAUCUUGCGGGACGUUUGUGCAAAUUUGAAAUACAAGAAUGGACCUCUAAACCCAUGUAUCGGAGAUGGUGGGAGCAGUUUGUGCAAGAUGUCCCUGUGGAUGUUCUGGAAGACAUCUGCCACCAAAUCCUGGAUCUUUACUCACAAGGAAAACAGCAGAUGCCUCAUCACACACCUCAUCAGCUGCAUCAGCCCCCAUCGCUCAAUCCUACACCACAAGUGCCACCAGUUCCACCGUCACAGUCUGCUCAAGGCUCUGAACCACCACAGCCCCAGCAAAAGGACACACAGCCAUCAGCCCAGCCACCACCACCGCCACAGCAAGCCCAGCAGCCCAAGAAACCAUCCCCGCAGCCUAGCCCUCCCCGCCAAGUGAAACGAGCCACGGUUGUUUCUCCCAAAGAAGAGAACAAAGCAGCAGAACCACCACCACCUAAAAUCCCCAAAAUCGAGACCACUCACCCUCCAUUGCCUCCGGCCCACCCACCACCAGACCGGAAGCCUCCCCUCUCGGCUGCCUUAGGUGAGGCUGAGCCGCCAGGCCCUGUGGAUGCCAGUGACCUCCCCAAAGUCCAGAUUCCUCCUCCGGCCCACCCGGCCCCUGUGCACCAGCCACCACCGCUGCCACACCGGCCACCGCCACCGCCACCCUCCAGCUACAUAACCGGGAUGUCCACCACCAGCUCCUACAUGUCUGGAGAGGGCUACCAGAGCCUGCAGUCCAUGAUGAAGACCGAGGGCCCCUCUUAUGGUGCCCUGCCCCCAGCCUACGGCCCGCCAGCUCACCUGCCCUACCACCCACACGUCUACCCCCGCCUGGGCCUGCCCCCAGCUAGCUACCCACCUCCAUCUGUCCCACCUGGGGGACAGCCACCCGUGCCCCCACCUAUCCCCCCACCUGGCAUGCCUCCAGUCGGGGCCCUGGGGCGCGCAGCCUGGAUGAGAUAGCCUGACGCCUCCGCCCCCCCCCUUUGUUUUUUUUAACAAGUUUUUUUAAUUAACUUGAAGAGUAGUUGGAUUAAGUAGCAGGGUACCUUGCAUAAUGCUAGACAGUUGCAGUAUGGGAAGAUGUGGACCAGCCCGAGAAGUGAAACCAGGUGGCCCUCUACACCUGGAGAGCAGGGACAGCCUCGGCAGCGCCCGGGGCCACCAGGCUGUGCUGGUGUCGGCUGAGGGCAGGAGUCCUGCACUGGGUGACUCUACUAGUGAACAUGCUAACCAGCCAUAUUGGCUCAAUACAUAGCUUCCGUAAGGAGUGAAUUUCCUUCUAGAAAUCAGUGCCUAUUUUUCCUGGAUACACAGUUUUAAACAGUCCAGUUCCAUCUGAAGUCAAGCUGUCAUCAUCACUUUCAUUCUGUGUUCUCUCCCAUGACAUCAGUUGCUCAAAAAAACCCCUUUUUUGAUUUAGAGAUAUUUACAUCUUUGUAUUAAAGUUAUUUUGAAGGGGUUGCCUGGUUGGAUGGCUUUUUCUUCUUCCGGGAAGAAGGGGAGGAAUGCACUUGGAAAGUAACGUAUGUUUACAUCAAUCUGCAAAUUCCUGUACAUAGAGAUAUAUUUUUUAAGUGUGAAUGUAACAACAUACUGUGAAUUCCAUCCUGGUUACAAACGGGACUCCUUCAGUCAGUCAUCCAAAUAAAAGCAGUUCUGAAA